GCAUUUAUCACUUUGACAAUAUCUUUCUUACUACAAGGAUCAUCAGCGUCAUAUGCAUGGUGGAAUGUACGGCGGAAAGCGAAACAGUGCCGCAUGUCCCUCAUUGAUUAUGUGAGAACAAGCGCUGACCCAAGUUUGAGUGUGGUUUGCUUGGAGGAUUCGGCAUCAAUUUUCGGAACAUUCAUCUCUGCUUCAUCAAUUGCGUUAAGCUGUGUGUUGAGAACUAGUAUCCCGGACUCCAUUGGUUCAGUUUUAAUCGGUAUUUUGUUAGGUAGCAUUGCUGCAUUCAUCAUUCGCAAUAACGCUAUGCACUUGGCAGGAAAAUCAGUCCCGCAAGUAGUAAUCAACGAUAUCGUAGCACAAUUGAGGCACGACAACAUUAUUAAGUUAGUUUUUCAACCAUUUUCCAAGUUAAUGA